ACCGGGCGGCGCCUGAGCGCGCGGGAAGCAGGCUUAAAUCGGUAGAGAGGGCCGGCCUGCUUGGUCCUGGAGACUUUCCACCUCCGCUCUGGGCCCUCGAGGCCAUGGGUCGGGUCUCCGGGCUCGUGCCCUCUCGGUUCCUGACGCUCUUGGCUCAUCUGGUGGUUGUCAUCACUUUAUUCUGGUCCCGGAAAAGCAACAUCCAGGCUUGCCUGCCUCUCAAGUUCAGUCCCGAGGAAUAUGAGAAGCAGGACAUCCACCCCUUUGUUUUCUGCAGACUGGUGGCAGCGCUCUGUCUCACCCUGGGCCUCUUUGCGGUGGAGCUGGCCGGCUUCCUCUCAGGAGUUUCCAUGUUCAACAGCACGCAGAGCCUCCUCUCCAUUGCAGCCCACUGUAGCGCAUCUGUGGCCCUGUCUUUCUUCAUAUUCGAGCGAUGGGAAUGUACCACAUACUGGUACAUUUUUGCUUUCUGCAGCGCCUUCCCAGCUGUCACUGAAACGGCAUUAUUCAUCGCUGUCUUUGGGCUGAAAAAGAAACCUUUCUGAACACGACUCGGGCGUAGGGACCAAGCCUGGAAAAGUGAUGAGCUUCCUCCGGUUGGUGGAAGAAGAAAGGCCUCAGUUUUCUCUCUCCCAACUGCUUCUAAACAGAGGAUGGCAGUAUUGGGAUAAGAUCUCUCAAAUCUUGGGUUAUAGUUAUUAGAGCAUUGUUUUUUUUUUUGUUUUUUUUUUUUUGUUUUUUUUUUUUUGGUUUUUCGAGACAGGGUUUCUCUGUGUAGCUUUGGUGCCUAUCCUGGCACUCGCUCUGGAGACCAGGCUGGCCUCGAACUCACAGCAAUCCGCCUGCCUCUGCCUCCCGAGUGCUGGGAUUAAGGGCGUGCACCACCAACGCCCGGCUAUAAGAGCAUUGUUAAUAAAAUGCAUUUUAUAAUAAAAGCUAGGCUGAUACUAUUUUUCAGAAGACAUCUGGGUGGGCCAAGAAUCUGGUGUAAAAAAAAAAAAAAGGCUUUUAUUCUGGUCUUACUAUUCGUGAGCUCGUAGGUGAUCCUUCUAUUUGGAUUUUUACGGUACAAGAUAGACGGAAGUAAGUGGGCGGGGAUAUGUAAAUAAGCACCGCAUUUAGGCUUUCUAGCUUGCCGUAUGUGAGCGGAGCAUUCUGGGAGGAUUUUAUUUCUCUUUUUUUGGCCCGGAAUGGAAAAUAAUUUAUACUAAGUGAUUUGCAAAUAGAUAUUACUCUAGGGUUUCAAGAACCCUGAAUCAGUGGAUUUGUAUUAAAACUGUCACAUUCUCACCCUUGCUUUAACCGGAAAUAUCUCUCCCUAAUAAGGAAAGGGCUCGCCACGUUUUUUAUCGUCAGGAGGUUAAUCCUUACCUGUUCCUCCUUUUGGAGGGCAGAUAGAAAAUGAUGAUUGGAGCUUGCAUGAUUUGCUGAUUAGCAUUUCCGUGCAAUCAGGACCUGACAACAUCCUGGUUGCUCCUCUCUGAUUCUCUGACGAUCACACUUUUUAAUUGUGUGGUAAUUGAUAGAACUCUAUAAGAAGUCUCAGGGAACGUACCACUGCCGCGUUGGUCUUGGCUGUCUUUCUUAGUAACUAUAUACCAUGCUCAGAUUUCUGUGGCAGCAGUGCGGUUUUCAACUAGUGGGAAACCUGAUUGGUGGUUAUUUAGUAUCUAUCAGAGCCCUCAAAUCUUUCGGUAGUCUUGGAGAAGGCCGCCAUUCCUGCUCGACUUUACCAAGACAUAGUCUUACCUCUGUGACCUACAUUCAUUCAAUAACCUAACCAUAGGCAAAACACUGUUAAUAAUAAUAGUGAGGGAAGAGAUGAGAUUUGACCCACACUCAGCUUUGGGAAUACAGAGGCAGGAAAGAAACACUCUUCUAGUACUCCCAGAGUUUUUAAUCUUGUAAAUUGUGGUACAUGCUACCAAAAAAAAAAAAAAAAAUGUUUCUUG